AUUGGGAUCGGCCUUAGUUUUCUAGUUGCAUCCGUCGUCCUCUGGGUAAUAUCCCGAAUCCAACAAAACAUUCAUUGCCAUCCACUUGCCAGGAAAACGGGAUGGUUUCCUUAUUUCUGGUUCCUCUUUCGAGCCGUGAUCAAUCCUAACGAAGUCAUCAAUUUCACACUGGCAACGCGUCUAAUCAUCGCCGCCUGGUGCCUGAUGGGCAUCGUCUUCGUCAAUUCCUACACGAGCAGUUUGUUGUCUUAUUUGCUGGCCCCCACAUUCCUGCCAGUCAUCAGCACAGUCCAGGACUUGGCAGACAGCCACAUCGUACAGAUAACGUCAUUGAAACACACUUCCGCCGACUCCGCGUUACUCGCGGCAACGUCCGGUUCGUUUGCCAAACUUGGCGCAAGUCUCCGAGCUCACCCCGAGAACCUUCUGGAAACGUUGGACAACAUUGAAGAUAUCGUGUUUUAUCAGCGGAAAGCUUUCCCUUACCAAGAAACUUCGCUUAAGCAGCGAAUUUAUGACGACUUCAAAGCAACUCGACAGUGUCGCCUUUCGAUCGCCAAGGAACCGCUCUUCCCCGAUCAAAUUGCAUUCGCCCUACCCAAGUCAAGCCCCUUGACGACCGACUACAACUACGAGCUUAUUUGGCUCCGCCAACUCGGAUUGUUAAAUCAUUGGGCCAAUUCCUUUUUGCCCAGACCUUAUCGGUGCUCAGCUCCGCUGGCUUCACUGCGCCCAACUUCAAAUGAAAGGCUGACUCUCAAUUAUCUGUCGAGCGCUUUCCUCCUUUAUGGUGUCGGCGUCGGGGUUUCAAUCUUGGCUUUCGUGCUGGAAGUCAUUUCCACUUGGUGGAACGCAACUACUCGUGUCAAAUCAUUUGGGUCACGCCAUUCUAGAAUUAACGCAUAGGUUCACAUGCUUAUAGGACACAAAACUCGGUCACAUUCUUAUUUUCCUUGUUCUGUGGAUAGAGCUGCUGGGAAACUGUGAAAAUCUAGCAGCUAUAAUUGCUAGCUCAUAUGUCUGUCUCUGCUUUAUAGUCUACGUCUAAUAAGCUACUUAACUUUAGGACCAAAUAUUAGUAAUGUAUUUGCUAUUACUU